CUGGGAUGAUUUGUCAUGUUUACAAAGGCUACUAAUGUUAUCCAAGUUACUGUCACUCAAACAUUGUUGAUCACUUUGUGUUAAUUAAAUAGUACAACUAAAUUUUCUGCUUACUACACUUUUUUUUCCUUGCCAACAAGUUGGGUUUCUGUCCUCUUAGUUCUUGAACUUCUAAAAAUUUAAUCUUUUUUUGUUAUCCUUGCAACACAAUGGGAAGUUCAAGAGCUAAAAAUCCAUGGGGUGUAAUUAGAAUCUUCUCCAAGAGAUUCUACUGUGGCUUCAGUGAACGAAUUGUUAAUGUUCCAGUAGAUGCCCGCAUUGUUAAAACGGGUUUUGACCCAGAAAUCUCUCGUUUUAACUUCAAACUGAAGGAUUUAGUAAGAGCAAAUCAAAUAGCAAAGGCACGUCAACUGUUUGAUGAAAUGCCUUACAGAAACACUAGCUCUGUGAACAUGAUGGUUUCGGGUUAUGUGAAGUCUCGCAAUCUUUUUCGUGCUAGGGAGUUAUUUGAUAGCAUGUUCUCUCGUAAUGAAGUUUCAUGGACUAUAAUGAUUGGUGGUUACUCUCAGAACAAUCAGCCCAAAGAAGCUUUUAAUCUUUACACUGAGAUGUGUAGGUCGGGGGUUAAGCCGGAUCAUAUCACCUUUGCAACUCUAUUAUCAGGUUUUGAUGAUACAACUACUUUAAAAGAAGUACUUCAGAUUCAUUCCCAUAUCAUUAGAUUUGGAUUUAGUGCAAGUCUUAUUGUUUUCAACAGUCUGGUAGAUUCGUACUGCAAAACUUGCUGCCUCGAUAUAGCGUCUCAGCUCUUCAGUGAAAUGCCAACUAAAGAUUCAGUAAGCUUCAAUGUGAUGAUAACAGGGUACACAAAAUACGGUUUUCGUGAAGAAGCAUUGAAACUUUUUAUGCAAAUGCGGAAUAUGGAUUUUCAGCCUUCAGGUUUUACUUUUGCAGCAAUGCUAGGUAUGAGUGUUGGAUCAGAGGAUGUUAUUUUUGGCCAACAAAUUCAUGGACUUGCCAUCAAGACAAGCUAUGUCUGGGACAUAUUUGUUGCAAAUGCAUUGCUUGAUCUCUACUCUAAGCAUGACUAUAUAGAUUUAGCAAAGAAUCUCUUUGAUGAGAUGCCCCAGUUAGAUGGUGUUUCGUAUAACAUAAUUAUCACAGGUUAUGCAUGGAAUGGGCAGUAUGAGAAAUCGUUUGAUCUCUUCAAAAGGCUACAAGGUACAUCAUUUGACAGAAAGAACUUUCCGUUUGCCACGAUGUUGAGUGUAGCUGCAAUAGAACUAAAUUUAUCAAUGGGAAGACAAACCCAUGCACAGGCAGUGGUGACAGCAGCUGUUUCAGAAGUACAAGUAGGAAAUGCCCUUGUUGACAUGUAUGCAAAGUGUGAAAAAUUUGAGGAUGCCAACAGAAUAUUUGCAAAUCUGGCCUACAGAAAUUCUGUUCCAUGGACAGCCAUAAUCUCAAUAUAUGUUCAGAAGGGUUUUCAUGAGGAGGCACUGAAAAUGUUCAAGGAGAUGAAUAGAGAAAAUGUUCACGGUGACCAGGCAACUUUUGCUAGCACUUUAAAAGCUUCAGCUAAUUUGGCUUCAGUUUCUCUUGGGAAGCAAUUACACUCAUCUGUGAUCAGAUUGGGAUUGUUGUCUAGUGUUUUUUCUGGCAGUGUUCUUGUAGACAUGUAUGCAAAUUGUGGGUCCAUGAAAGAUGCAAUUGAAGUUUUCAAAGAGAUGCCCGAUAGGAAUAUAGUAUGUUGGAAUGCACUGAUUUCGGCAUAUGCUCAGAAUGGUAAUGCUGAGGCCACAUUUAGCUCAUUCGCGGAUAUGAUUGAAUCAGGUCUCUACCCUGAUUCUGUUAGUUUCCUCAGUGUCCUAACUGCCUGCAGCCACCGUGGGCUUGUUGAAAAGGCAUUAUGGUAUUUUAAUUCCAUGACUCAAGUAUAUAAACUUGAUCCAAGGAGAAAACAUUAUGCAACCAUGAUUGACGUGUUAUGUAGAAGUGGACGAUUCAAUGAAGCAGAGAAUCUGAUUUCUGAAAUGCCAUUUGAACCGGAUGAGGUCAUGUGGUCCUCAGUUUUAAAUUCAUGCAGAAUUCAUAAGAAUCAAGACCUUGCCAAAAAGGCUGCAGACCAACUUUUCAAGAUGGAUGCUCUUAGAGAUGCCGCUGCUUAUGUCAACAUGUCUAACAUCUAUGCAGAAGCAGGCAAAUGGGAAAAUGCGGCAAAAGUCAAGAAGGCUAUGAGGGAACGGGGAGUUAAAAAGGUCACUGCCUAUAGCUGGGUUGAGAUUGACCACAUAGUUCAUGUAUUCACAGCAAACGAUAGGACCCAUCCACAAACUGAGCAGAUUAGAAGAAAAAUUAACUCAUUGGUUGAGCUAAUGGACAAGGAAGGAUACAAGCCUGAUACAAGUUGUACCCUUCAAAAUGUGGAUGAAGAAAUGAAAAUAGAAUCACUCAAAUAUCACAGUGAGAGGUUGGCCAUUGCGUUUGCAUUGAUUAAUACUCCAGAAGGAUCACCCAUUAUCAUUAUGAAAAACUUGCGAGCUUGUGUGGAUUGUCAUGCUGCAAUUAAAGUUAUCUCAAAAAUUGUUGGAAGGGAGAUCACCGUGCGAGAUUCAAGUAGGUUCCAUCACUUUAGAGAUGGAUCAUGUUCAUGUGGGGAUUACUGGUGAGAUAUGGAUGGAUGAUUUUCGGAUCAUUUCAUUCGGUUUGUGCUUUCCAUAGUCUAUAACCGGAAGUCAUAAACAUUUGGGGACUUCAGCAAUUUAUUCCUUGGAUGAUGAUGCUAAUCAAAAUUUACUUUAAGGGAUGGGCGUAGCCUAAUUGCAGCUCUGAUCCAAAGCUUGUGGUCGUGAACUGUUGCAAUUAUGGUCUCUCUAAGUUGGGCUUUUGAACUUCUGUAAUGAAAUACAUGAAGAACCAAGUUCUACUUUUUCUUGAAGAACAUUCCAUCUCUUUUCAAGAGCUCACUGGUUUUCUCCCUAAACCACAAAUUAUUCUUUCAACAAUAAGAACAGGAUUUCUGUUUGGAGAUGAAGGUGUUCUGGGGAAAACAAACAUGAAUUGCCAAGUCUACAUCAUUCUCAUCUCCAAGAGGGAGCUUGUUGGAAGAGCCUGAUUCUAAAAGAGAAGCUGGCAAAGAAUAUAUAAUGUAUAUUAUUACCAUUUUUUGUUCAUCAAAGACGUCAUAAGAGGUGGUCAGUAGACACCUAUAUUUUAUGCAGUACUUUAUGGAUCAAAGAAAGAUGCCCUUGAUUAUGUUAAAUGGGUGAAGGAUGACAAGCUUUUUCAUUUGCUGGUCCAGAGAUUGUUGUCAUCAUGGGGGCAUACUUUUCCAAGAUUGAAGCUGCAGUACAAGCCCUCUUUUUAGCGUCAGGUCACACAAAAUGAUUCACGUUGUCCCUGCAUGUUGUUGUUGGUGUUUUCUGCAUUGCCGGCUACUUCAUGGAUAGUUACUUGAAAGGAUCCCUUUUCUUCAGGGCGCGGAUGUGUUAAAGAACUUCAUUCUCAAUUUUUAACUCAAGAGACUGAUUACUCUUAAGCUUUUGCCAAAGGACUUCAUGGAUAGUUACUUCAAAGGCUGAUUACUGUCAGUCUGUUUGCCAUAGUAGCCUUUUAUGCCCAGGAUAUGCCUUCUUCUACAUCGACUUCAAAUGGAUAGAAUUGGGUGUUUUUACAAGUCAUUACAAGAGUGAGCUGACUGUGACAAAAUCACUUUGUAUUGUUGGUUCUUUACUUCUCCAUAUAACUUGAUACUUUGUCCUAGAGAUCACCUUGUUUGAUUUUCCCUCUUAGUUUUGACCAGUUAUAGAACGCUCACAAUUCGGUCAAAAAGCAACUUCUACUUGCUUCUGGUUUUGAUCUGCUAGUAUCUGAUAAGAUUCCUCAGAGUGUUUCAUCCAUGCGAUUCUAUAUCUCGUAAUUUUAAUAGUUUCAUUCUGUUUAGUUCUUUGCCAGAUGCAUCCUUCCAUUUGUAUAAUUUUUGGAGCUUGAACAGUGGCUACUAGCAUUACUCUCCAGGUGGUGGAGGAGGGGCCUAAGGGUGUCUACUGUCUACUAAUCUCAACUGUGCCUGGUACAUACGGCCCGGCAGCUUAACUCAUUCCCUCUUCCUAUGGACAGUGUGUAGCCUCCAGGGAUUAACUCUAGUAUGUGUAACACGAGGUAUAUUGAUUGGGGGUUGGUGUCAACUUCACCGAUGUUUUCGAGUCCAGCUGGGCACCAGACCAUAUUGCUGUUGUAGGAGACCAAGUUACUCUCUCCC